AUGCUUGAACUUCUUCAGCUGAAACUUGUGAGUGGUGCACUGUUUGCACCAAGGGUGCCUUUGGGCACUCUUUUGUUUCAGGCGCUUCAAGAACUACAACAUGAGUUCGGGCGAUAUGAAGAAGCUCUUUGCCAAAACAACGUGAAGGAACUGGACCUUUUGUUCCACAAAAGCCCUGAGACCGUCCGCUAUGGAGUUUCGGAGAAUCUGUAUGGCUACGAGGCCAUCCAGGCCUUUCGCGGCGCGCGUGCUCCGCCGGGGCAGCGGGAGAUCUUGAGAUCGGCGUUGACCACCUAUGGAAGCGACCUGGGAGUGACUCACAUCGAGUUCCAGCGCGAUGGGAGUCGCAGAGUGGGUCGACAAACCCAGACAUGGCUUCGAAGCUUGGUGGGGAGGACGCUGGAAUCCGCUGUGUCUGGCGUGGACCGGGUCUAG